GCCUGAGAAGACUCUGAUCCUCGAAUAUACUGUUUACUGCCCACUAUAUUCAAUAUUGUAGUAUUAGUGUAGCAGUUGUACAGUGUAAGUUGCAUUAACGUUGUUUUGCUUUGCAUCAGAUUAAAGUUAGGUUCUUGAAUCAGUGGGGAGAAAUCGGUAAUCAGGAAUCGAAACUUUGGAAAUUAGCUUUUCCAGUCUGAUGGGACAGACCCACUAAAGCUAAUAUUGCGUCAGUUAUAGCUUUCAAAUUCCGCCAAGUUUUGUGUGUUCUUUUUCCGGGUUGCUUUUCAUUUGUUAGGUCAGGUCAAAAUUCAGUGAGGCUUUGAUGGGGAAGAAACAGCAUUUGGAUUGGACGUCGAAGUCUAUCAUGUCAACUGGAAGCGAAAGAGCUAAACAGAAGGGCAACGAGGAAUCUGAUCCUGCAACUGAUCUGGAACAUGGUGCUGGGGAGGCUGCCAAUGUUGGAUUUGGUAGAGUGUUUCUUCUGGCAAAACCUGAUGCUGGGAAGAUAAUUAUUGGGACUAUAGCAUUGUUAAUAGCAUCCACAACAAACCUUCUCAUACCCAAAUAUGGUGGUAUGAUAAUUGACAUUGUAUCAAGAGACAUAAGGACUCCUGAACAGCAAGCUGAAGCAUGGAAUGCCAUCAAGAACACAGUACUUCUCAUUGUCUCUGUAGUUGUCAUUGGUUCUGUGUCCACAGCAUUUAGAUCUUGGCUAUUUGCAUCUGCCAGUGAAAGGGUAGUUGCUCGGCUGAGGAAGAAUUUAUUCAGUCACCUUAUCCAGCAAGAAAUAGCUUUCUUCGAUGUUACACGCACGGGAGAACUCUUGAGUAGGCUAUCUGAGGACACCCAAAUAAUAAAAAGUGCUGCCACCACCAAUCUUUCUGAGGCACUACGUAAUGUAACUACAGCAAUGAUUGGCAUUGGAUUCAUGUUCUCAUCUUCCUGGAAGCUAACAUUGCUGGCUUUGGCUGUUGUUCCUGUAAUUUCAGUUGGAGUUCGUCAGUUUGGUCGCUAUCUUCGUGAGUUAUCACAUGCUACUCAAGCAGCAGCUGCAGUUGCAGCCUCGAUUGCUGAGGAAUCAUUUGGGGCGAUUCGAACUGUCAGAUCUUUUGCCCAAGAGCAGUAUGCAAUUUCAGGCUACUCAGAGAAGGUCGACGAGACCUUGAAGCUUGGACUUCGACAAGCGAGAGUGGUUGGCCUAUUCUUUGGUGGAUUGAAUGCUGCUUCUACAUUGUCGGUCAUGGUAGUUGUUAUAUACGGAGCUUACUUGACAAUUACAGGCUCCAUGACUGCUGGGUCUCUUACAUCCUUCAUUCUCUAUAGCCUCACAGUUGGUUCUUCAAUAUCAUCAUUAUCAGGAUUGUAUACUACGACAAUGAAAGCAGCAGGAGCAAGCAGAAGAGUUUUCCAAAUUCUAGAUCGUGUGUCUACCAUGCCUAAGGCUGGAGAUAAACGCCCAGAAGGCAAUCCAGAUGGAGAUGUGGCGAUUGAGGAUGUCUGGUUUGCUUAUCCUUCUCGUCCAAGCCAUAUGGUACUCAAGGGAAUAACACUAAGGUUGAGACCUGGAUCUAAAGUAGCCCUUGUUGGUCCAAGUGGUGGAGGGAAGACAACAAUAGCUAACUUGAUUGAGAGAUUUUAUGACCCAAUCAAGGGAAAGAUUUUGCUUGAUGGGGUUUCUUUGGUGGAAAUAUCACAUGAAUAUUUGCAUAGAAAGAUCAGUAUAGUGAGCCAAGAGCCUGUUCUUUUCAAUUGCUCUAUUGAAGAAAACAUUGCAUAUGGGUUAGAUGGCAAAGCAAGCACUACAGAGAUAGAAACUGCAGCCAAAAUGGCCAAUGCUCAUGACUUUAUCGAAUCAUUUCCUGAUAAAUAUAAAACGGUUGUUGGAGAGCGUGGAUUGAGGCUAUCUGGAGGCCAGAAGCAAAGGAUAGCGAUAGCAAGAGCUCUAUUGAUGAAUCCAAGAGUUCUGCUCUUAGAUGAAGCAACAAGCGCUCUAGACGCAGAGAGCGAGUACCUUGUCCAAGAUGCUAUGGAUUCACUAAUGAGAGGUAGGACAGUACUCGUGAUAGCUCACAGGCUUUCAACGGUCAAAAGCGCAGAUACAGUUGCCGUGAUAUCCGAUGGCCAGAUUGCAGAGAGUGGCACCCACGAAGAGCUUCUUAGUAGGGAUGGAAUAUAUACAGCAUUGGUGAGGAGGCAAUUGCAGGCACCUAAGGAUGAUCUCAUUAUUGCGGAAUGA